CCCCGCACCGCCACAGGCCGCCCAGCCUCCUCCUGCACAAGGUCGCGGAGCAGUGCGAGCGGCACAACACGUUCCCGAGGAUGGGCGCGCAGCUCCCCUUCGACGAGGAGGAGGAGGAGAAUGUGUACAUUAACUUGCCGCCUCCCUCUGCGCAGUGGCCGUCCAACUCCGCGCCCAACCCCGGCCACCACGAACACCACAAUAGGUUGAUCAACUUCAAGACCACGAUGGUAAAACGGAGAAACUCUAUGUGGUCCUCUACGUCCAGGCCCAAACUGCAGGAAGAAGGUAUGGAGUUUCUUGUUGAUGGGUUCAAUUUGACUAAAACUACCAAGAAGAAAGUUGAAACAAAACUAAACAAAAUAAAUAUUCAUGUCCAUGCUCUCUUUGCUGCAGUGGAAAAUGGUCAUGUAGACAGAGCUCGGACUAUUUUAGAGUCUACUGAUGUGGAUGUUAAUAGUGUAAAUAGCGAUGGUCUGUCUCCGUUGGAUGUAGCUGUCCUAAAUAAUAACAGACAAUUAGCCAAAAUGUUGGUUGCAUUUGGUGCUCAAGAAGGAAACCAAUUUAAAACUCCUGAAUCCCUUGGUUGUCACCUAAAGCAACUUCUUAUGGAAGCUGAAAGAAAAGUGCAAGAGUUAGGUGGUGGCCUUCUGUCUAUUGAAGAUACAUCUUGUAACAAUAAUAAUAAUAACAACAAUACUAGAGCAUCAUUUAGUAUUAUCAGCAGUCAUGGUGCUUCUGCAACAAUGACUGGCUGCGGAGGUGGAGCGGAAGCAGCCGUUGACAAGCAGCUACUGCUCUGGGAGAGACGAGCUAAAGGAUUAAAGAAAAUGUUAUUAGGUUUUGAUCAAGCAAGACCUCCAGAUGUACCUUUCUUGGUUGCUGUUGAUGUAACGGGAACAAAUUCUGUAAAUGUAAGAUUCCAAGAGCCUGAACAACAAGACUCGGCUAUAUGCACCAAAUUCAAAGUUCAAUGGAGCUGCUCAGAAGCCUUCAGUCCUUUAGCUGGAGAGAGAGAAAUUUUAGAUAUGAAACACAUGGAAUGUCACAUAGGUGAUCUGAUUCAAGGACAAAGGUAUUAUUUCCGAGUAGCUUGUGGCAACUUGAAAGGAUAUGGAAAGUUUAGGCAGUCUACACCUACAUCAGUUAUUCCUUCUAGUUGGCGGGAUGUUGAGGGUCGUGAGCCAAGAUUUGCAGGACGUCUGCAACUUCUUGAUGACCUGUUUUCUGAAAUAAGAAGUUCAAGACCAGAACAUGCAGCAGAAAUAAAAGCUACUGUUCAAGCUGGAGAAACUCCUGGAAUUCAAAGACGAAAUCAAAGAAAGAAAACUACUAUUAAACAACUCUUUACUGUGGCAUCAAAAUUUCAGAAAAAUUUAAGAAGGGGUGUAUUUCUGGCCUGUUUAUUGUACCAUGAAGAUAAAGUGUUAGUAACUAAUGAAGACUUCUUGCCUGUGAUUGAAGUGGAUGAAACAUAUCCUAAUUGUAUAUAUAAUGAUUUUCACUGGCUAAUGAAGGUUGCUUGUACAUGGGAUGAUGUCAAAUCUCUUCGACAGGAUAUGGAGAAAAGCCUCAGCUCUUCUACUGUACAUUUUCGUAUCAAGUUGUUACAAGCAGCUGCACAAAUGCAGACUGCUUUGUGUAUGCAAGAUCUUGGACAACUCUUCCAUAGACCAAUAAAGGAUUCUCAGGGAACAUUAGUGAUCUCCACAGUAAAUUAUGUACGCUCACCAAAAUGUGUAUCUGUUUUGAACUCAAGAUGGCUCCCAUUAAGUAAAGUGCAAAAGAAACUGGCUACUCAUGAGGAACCGCAUGUGGGGGAAUUGCUUAUGGCUUCCAUACAGGAACAAAUAACUUAUCAUCAAGUUAGCAGCAUCAGACUUGGAAGAGGAUUAUAUUUAGGAUAUUUAAGGAUGAGGAGUUCUGUGGAUCUCAUUCAAGUAGUUGUACCUACUAAAACUCCAAAUGUGCUGCCUCAUUGCAAAAUUAGGGAUAACCCACAUGUGUCAUCAGAAGAAUGGGAGUUCCUAAAGCAACAGAGUAGUCAAAAACCUUUCAGCAAUUCAUCAAGUGAAACUACUAGCGUAGCUUCAGGAGAUGAAGGUUCUUUGGAGGAAACCCAGGAAAAUGCAUCUUUAAGUCAAGGAACAGAACAACAGCGAGUAUUUGUAGAACUCGUUGCAGCUACUGCAAGACGAUUAUUUUCAUACAUGGAAGUUUCCAAUCAAGAAGCAUUGGCUCACAGGCUUUAUGAUGUGGAAGUGGUUGAUUUGAGCCCAGAAGUUUCAUUUUUAAUCAUUGUCCCUCCCGCUGAAUCUGCCUGUGCUGUUCCUGGGCAAAGAGAUCUUCUUCUUCAGCGAGGAGAUUUAGCUGCUUUACCUGUUCAAGUAUUUGAAAUGGUUCAUCUGGGUACCUAUCAGCGUGAUGUAAUAUCCCGGUAUUCUCGUCUUAGCUGCAUUCUUGAACUAGAUACUGUACUUGCUCAACAUAAUCAUAGAGAGAAGGUUCCCAGUACAGGAUCUGGUACUCCAGGAGUUGCAAUGCGCCAUCUCCUGACCAUAACAGACCAGCAGUCCUGCUACAGGGUCAGAAAAAGAUCUAAAGAGCACUCCUUGCAUCAAACAUCAGGAAGCGGUGAGGGCAAUGGAGUAGCCAGCAGUUGCAGCCUCAAGAGAAGUCUCCUCCAGUUGCCUCCCAGAGACCCUAAGUUAGUGAAAUCAAGUGCAAGUCGAGGGAGCUGGCCUGGACCAGGUGUUGUCCUGGAAGGGUUGCCUGUCUCCUUGAGGCCGAACUUGGUAAGAGUGAGCAACAUCUUCCCAGUCAGGGAAACCGUAAAAACAGUAGCAGUAGCUUCAGUAACUGUUCUGGAGCCAAUAGUCAAUGCCAUGGUCAUAGUGGAGGUGACAUUAGCAAUGCAUCUACUCUUUGCAGCAGGAUGGCAGGUGCAAACAGUCUUGGUGUUGCAGUGUCUCAGCCUCGACAUCACCCCUCCUUUCUGUCCGUCCACCUCUGGAGGAAGUCUUUUAGGUCUUGCUACUUCUGCAACUCCAGCAACUAGCAUGCAUUCUUUAUCAUCAGAUGAUUCAACAUCAUCUCCUGCAAGGUCCACAACUGAAGAUGAAGAUGACUUAGUGCAGCCGAGCAAGACAGUUGUACCUGCUCCAUCUUCAGGAAUUUUGCAGUAUAUGCUGCUUGUGAAACUGGCUUGGCAAGUGGAACUAGCCUUAAACUGCAUGUCACUCCUUGGACAACAGCCAGAGAGGUUGUUGACUUGUAGUGAAACAGCUCAAUAUGGCAGUGGUACUGAAAGGCAAAGAUGGACCUAUUUAUCCAAAUGACAAAUUGAGAAAUUGUUGCCUUGUGGCUGUCAUUGGAGCGAGAGAAGUUGUUUGAGAGAUGACUUCAGCCUCUGCAGCUCCAAAAUCCAUGGAAGGAAAGUCUCGUUUGUAUGUUCGCCAAAAACAUGUUUUGGCUGCUCUUGAACAGAGUGCUCGACAUACUGCAUGUAUCUAGCUUUGUUUUUCAACAGAAACAAAACAGUUUAAUAAUGCUAAUAGUGCUUUAAAUAUAAAUAAAUUUGAAAAUAUUAGUGAUUUAGAUUGAUAUCUUUAAAAAGUAGUGUCAAACUGGUAAGGCACUCAGCUUUACAAAAUUCUGAAAGAAGAAUCUAGUCAUUGUUUAUUUUAGUAAAAGAGAUGAGUUUAAGGACAAAUGUGAAAAAUGUAUAGUUGACAUUUCAUUGAGAAAUAAUAACAAAUUUUUGAUUAUAACAAAAUCAAGUUGUAAUUCAGAAAUUUACUGAUGUGGAUAAGCUAAAUAAUUACUUAAGUAUUAUAAAUUUUAUUGCUUUUGUUAUUAUUUACCUGUUAUUCCUAGCUCUCAAGAGUUUGCUUCUGAAUCUCAAAAAAAUUAUUGUUGUAGAAACUCAUCCUCUCUCCUGCUAUUUAUAAUUAGCCUUGAGUAGAAAGGGUGAGACUAUUUUCUUUAUCAAUUAUUCAAAACUUGGUCAUUCUCGAUUCUUCUCUCUCUGUACACAAACUAAUCAUUUUUGUCUGAAAAAUAAAAUGUUAUUAUUUUCCAAAUUAGUUUGGAAUGGUCAGGAAGAUUGAAGAGGAUUUUCUCUUUGUUUGAAUUGGAUAUACUGUAUCAGAAACUACUUAUAUCUCAAACUACAGUUAGAGUGUU